UGUCCUGUCAACAUACAACAAUAUCGAAUAGAGCGAAAGAACAAUAUCUGGAUAGGAAAUCACGUGCGCAAAAGAGGUUAUUCAGUGGAAACAGAAGACGAAAAAAUGGAAAAGCAAAACGUCGGAAUAAGGCAAAUAGAAUGCAGCCACAGAAUCCCUCUCGGUAGCCACGGUUAUCGCCAGUAACAGCGGUGCUAAGCAGUUGUGUAUCGGCAAUUGUAUAGUGCCUGUAGAUACAACGGAGCGCGCGUGCUACGGUAAUGGCGCCAGCAGUGGUUUAAGGUAAUGGUAGCAAUCGACGGCUGAUCUGACGACCGCGUUUCUGACUGUUCGAAUUGAUGUACAGGCAAACUAUUAGCCCGAACAUUGGCAGGCUGCGGGACUUUGUACGACAAAGAACAUGCCGCCGAUCGUAAUCUGACAGAGGUAUUUGACUACGACGACUCUGGUUAAUGUAGAUUUACAGCAUUCGUUACACUGAGAAGCCAGCAGAGGGCAGAAGAGUGGGUAGACCAUUUCUAGUUUGCCUCUUUUUUUGCAAUGAAAUGACAAACACAACAUAAUGUAUUCGUAUAUGAAUUAUUAUCCCUCAAGCGCCUCCCUUGUGCGUGCGUUCGGAUACGUUAUACUUAGUAGUAGUAGUAGUAGUAGCUUUUAGAAUAGGGAAAGAUACUCUUAGGAGCAGUUUAGGAGAGCACCGACGAAAAGAAUCCAUGAAAAUUGCAUCGCAUAGAGUAAACGGAUAGGUGUGGCGUCUCGGCAUUAUAUCGAAACGAGAGUUUCAACCGAGCGCGCCAACGCUGUACUCGAGCUUUUUAUUUGCAAUUACGUUUGACUACCGUGAAUAGGAUCACGUGUCUUCUUGUGACUAAAUGCAGAAUAGAUCUUCGUCAUGUAGUAGGCCUUGUUGCGUGUGCAAGUAUAUCGACCCUGAGGAAUUUCCGCCCUCUACGAGCAAGCAACGUAGUCGGUGAAACAAUGUUGGCCUUAAAUUAACGGUACUGUACAAUCACUCUCGGGAAUCAUGACAGCCAAAAGACGCCAUCUUCUACAGGAGAUGAUGUUCUUAUCUCUAAUCGUAGCGACCCAUCGGUCUCUCGUGGUGGGCCAGGAGGGCAGCGUUACAGAAAUACCUACACCCGAUAGCCUCGUAGUGACGUCCGGAACGACGCAAGCACCACGGCCACUGCCCGGGAUCGACAUCGAGUGCAAUUCGAACACGAUUCAGAUUACUCUUGGACAACAGCACAACUUCAACGGGAUGAUCUACCCCAAGGGUUUAUCGAAGAAUUCGUCGUGUAUGGUGGAAUACAGUAACGUCCGCGACAAGCUUGUCUACACGUUGCCGCUUAGAAGCUGCAACACCAUGAGUACCGAUGUGGACGAUGGGGUAGAAUACUUCAACACAGUGGUUGUUCAGCCCCACCGAAAAUUGGUAACAAACCAGGGCAAAGGAUUUCAUAUUCGUUGUCGAUAUCAGACAAAGGAAAGGCAGGUCACUAAUAACUUUAACGUCAGCCAACUGGGAACAACUCCGCUUGUGGCGACGGCACCGAUGCCUGACUGUUCCAUGAAAAUCUACGUUGGAGAUUCGGAGCAAGAAGUCGUGGCGGAAAACGUUAAAAUUGGUGAUCCACUCACACUUGUCAUCAAUAUCGACCUGCAGGAUGUGUACGGUAUGCGAGUAACCAACUGCGUUGUUCGAGAUGGCCUCAACUGGGGCGAGCAACCACUUAUCAACAACGAAGGAUGCCCGAUCGAUACAGACAUUAUGGACGCAUUCGAAUAUUCGGAAAACAAGACAAAGGCCAUGGUUACAUUUCAAGCACACAAAUUCCCAUAUACCGCUUCGGUUUACUAUCAGUGCAACGUAAAACUCUGCCUCAAGUCAUCAGGUGGAUGCGAUGAUGUUCCACCGAACUGUGAUUCCCAGCUCAAUGGUCUCUUGCUGCCCAGUCGCAAACGUAGAGAUGUAGGUACGGUACGUGAUUUGGAGGGCGUAGAGGCCGACGUCCGAGAUAUGAAUAUUGAGGUAUUUUCCGGACUCUAUGUCAAUGAAGCGUCCGAUUCCGACCAGCCUGAAGCUGCUGCCGCUCCAUCAACUUCAGCGUCAUCUCAGUUCGACUUCUGUCUCUCAACACGAAAAUUCGCUAUAGGCAUUGCCGUACUGGGUCUCCUGUUGAUGCUCGUGGUCAUGCUAUUGGUAGCUUGCAUUCUCCAUCGGCGCCGUCGAAAGCAAGUGUCCUCGGUGGCAUCAUCAGUCUAUUCCGGCCAUCCCUAUUCGAGUUCUGCGCAAUCCACCUAUUCGAACAGGGCGUAUAGCCAUUAGAAGCAUUAGACACUAAAACGGCAACGUUGAUACAGCGCUUCAAAUAAUAGUAAUGAUUAAUAUGACAACAGGGUAAACUACCCUAAUACGAGCCCCUUGCCGCACCAAUAUGUAUUUAAUGUUAUGUAUCCUCGCGAUCGAUACAGAUGGAAGUCCCCAGAUCAGACGGCCUGUAAAGUAUUUUAAUAACAUACAGGAGGUAAGCUAGGCGUCGUCUACCGGUUUUUAAUGAAGCCAUUUGCUAAUAUAAUAACUCAGGUGUCCUGCUGGCCAUCUGUCUGGAAAGCUAGUGGCAGCAGAUUAUGCAAAUUGAAAGCGAUAUAGAUAACAAUGAUAUAGCUGAAAAUAUCUUUAGAACUCUAAAUUUAAUAAUGACUUUGCAAUGGCAGAGUGAGGAUGGACUGACCUUAUGUGACAAACGGUCGAAAAAAAAGAUCAGACAGUAUUAUUUAUUACUAGUUCGAAAUAUUUAUCAGUUAUUAUUAUUAAUUAUUUUUAUUAUAUGAAUUGUAUAAUUGUUUAUUUGUUCAUCCGUAAAAUUGUUUUUCCGAAAUGGUUGUCAUGAAGUUAAAACCACUUUGCAAAGCAGCUUACGUUAAUUCCAUGCAUAUCCAGUAUAAGCUCGCAGUAUUUAUGUAUCGCUUGAACAGCUAUCACGGGGAUAAUUGACACAAACGUUCUAUAGAAUCAGUGAGUUAAACUCCGCGGCGAGUGUGCACUACUGAUUUCCACUAUACGUUACUACAACCAUUAAGUUAGCGCUCGGAGGAGCAUUGGUCAGGUUUUUACUUUCGGCCCAGCAAUUCUGCUGGACGAAAAAGCGAUCUCAGCGCCAUCUCUCGGCGCGCGGGCGCAGCUAUUCCAUCCUAUAUAUUUCAUCCUAUAACGCAUGUUCAAUUACCUGCCUGAAUUGUGACAUAUAUAUAUAUAUAUAUAUAUAUAUGCGAAAUAGUCUGGAACAACUAUAAUGGUUAUGAAAUGUGGAAAGUGCGAAUUAUGUACUUGCGGCGUCUUCUUUACGUCACGAAACUUAUAAUCGGUUUGGACAUGCCAAUAAUGUUGGUGCCAAACGAGAGGGUUGGCCUGAGGAGCUUCAGAAAAGUAGUUCGCAGUAGACGUUGUACUGAAUGAUCCGUUUUUGGCAGGAACGAUAAGCAGGUGCUAGUUCUGAGUAUCAUUAUAAUACCAUUCUUAUUAUUAUUAAUGUACCAAUACGUGGAUUCUACAGUUCGUCAGUUAGUCUGUCUACCGGUUUUUCCUGUGUCCAUGCCUGCCUAUCUGUCCAUGCGUGUGUGUUUGUGUUGUGUGUGUGUGUGUGUGUGUGUGUUGCGUGUGUGCAAUUGUAUUACGAAUUAACGUCAUGUCACCUCUUCUGAAUAUCCAACUAAUCUAAUUAUUUAUUAAUGAAGACCUAGAACGUUGGAGAAAAUGGUUUUUGUAUUUUACGCUGACUGGGCAGCCCAUAACGAGCAUUUAACAACAUAGCAUUUAACAUAAUUCACCAAACAACAAUGUGCCAAAGUAUGUCCCGUCUACAUUCUAAACAGUAUUCUACAUUUUACCUUUUGACCUAAGCAGUAUUUUUUUCUCUUACCUGCUUACAGAGUUUAUCUAAAAAUAACGUUUUCUGGGCUAUGUAGGGUAAAUAGUAUGUAACUGCUAGGUGAAAUGAAGUGUGAGAAAGCGACGGGUGAGGAUCGGCGAAGAUAUUAUGAGAAUGACUAAAAUACGAUUCAAUAUAUCCAAUUAAUGUCAACGCUAAAUGCUAACCAUAGCAUGUGAUGGUCAUUUAGAAGCAUUUUAGUCCUUUAACUCUCGAUUUACGUUUUUUUUUAUCGCAAUUGUCUGCACACCACCAUGGAUUUGACAAAGCUAAACAGAGCCUUUAUAUUUCUCUCAAUUUCAUUAGAUUCUAAUUGUUCAACAUGUGUAACACAAACUAUACCCGAACAGAGAUCUGCAAUUACUAAGAUCUUCUCUGGAAUUUUGAGAAUAGAAAAAACUAUAUCGUGGCCUAUUGCUUUAUGAUGAGUUAAUAUCAAAAACAAACGAACGAAUACUCUACAAAUCUGAAACAAAGUUUCAAACAACGCCACAUCGUGACAUUGAGCUAUGAGAGUGCAGAUAGGUAGCUUGAAGUCUACUAAAAAGAUGAAUAUGGAGUGUGACAACUAUUAUUGUCACCAUGGAUGUCAUGAGCAAAAUGGUUAGGAGAAUAAAAAAGUAAUAAACAUAUUACUUUAAUAAAUACCGAUAAUAAUGUUAAGUGUCAAAGGUGACUAUAUGAUGUAAGCCAAACUGGUUGAUUAUUGUACUAGACGGGCUUCGGCAGCUGAGGAUGUGUGGAGAAUAAAUAUCUUGCUUACACACCUCGUUUCUUCCCGCAAUUACCAGUUGGCAUCAAGUUAAUUACGUUCUUGGCGUAUGAUAUAAAUGUAAGUAUAGAUAGAUAAUAACACGUCACUGGAACCGAUUUGCAAACCAACCAAUUGCAUUUACUCGUAGCUUGUCACUUCAUCAUUGCGAUUUUUGAUGUAAAAUUCGUGAUUUGUAUUUCAUUUUGAAAUUUCAUUCUACAAGUUAUUAGGUGCAACAUGCAUUUAUGGAAAGCAUUUUUUGAGUGUUUCAAAAAAAUAUUGCUUUUACGAGUUUUGGCAACCGCACAUUUAUAGAAAUGAUUGCAAUCUGGGCAGUGCCUAUUUCUUUAUUUUAUCUUGGUAAUAGAUUAAAAA